GUCGCGGUAUGCUGUUGACUGAAGUGACACGUGCGAAAAUAUUGAGAGCUAGCUUCACGCACUGUCAAACGCGAUGGUAAAAAAGCAAAGCACGUAGAGUUAGCAUAUACUUCUCCUAUUGUUUUUCACUGAACUCUCGUUUAGGUGACAACAAAGUGAAGCAAUUGUUGCGCCUGAUUGAACCUAAACAGUGCAAGCAAAAAGUUACUUUAUGGUUUUAAUGGAAUGUUAAUGCAAGUGAAAACAGUUUAGAUGUAAGUUUACGAAUCAGCAUCCAAAUAACAUACCUCUGUGACGGUGCGGUAAACAGUGCUCAAAUACGAUCGUAUGGAAGAAUUUAUCGCGGCAGGAUACAUUUUCUUCAAAACAUUACAUUACGCACGUAAAAAUUUGUACGAAAUGCAUCGAUAGCGAAUAUGCUGGCCGCAGGAAAGUUCACAGUGAAGCAAUACGAUUUGCUCUCGAAGUCCACCUUGUUUACGUGUAGUUGUGUGCGUGUGGAAGAUCGUGCUGCGUGUGUGUGUUCCGUUCCAUAUCGUAUGGAUCGUUGAGGGACGAAAGAAAGCAUUUCCUCGUUGGAUAAAACGAACCACCGCUAAUAUGAAGCGACCUUCCCAGACCGUCCAGUAUUACUUCGUAAUGUUGAUGCUUAUUCUGCUGCUGCUGCCGAUUCCGCUGCAUUGUCAGGGAGCAGUAGCGUCUGCCAGCACAAUAUUUGUAAAUAGCAUAGUUCACUCGAUAAGCAACGCAAGUGGUGGUGUACCGAUAAGUUCCGAUAACAACCAAGUGCCUUCGGUGACGGUGAUAUCUGCACCCACAUCUUUACCGCCCGUUUCACCGUCAUCGUCGGUGACUGCUUCCUUGCCAAGUUCCGGCACCACAGCAACUUCCACUUCUACGGGAUCGGUGGAAUAUAGCGUUCAGGACCUGACAAAAUCAUUGGAAACUACUUUCGUUCAUAUCCGAAAUGGAGAGCUAAAUGUUCCGAAUGUACAGAAAUUAUACGACAGCAUGGAAAUAAUAACAACGAUCCACAAUGAUGCCGAGCUAUUGGAAAAAAUUGCUCUCAAGCUAACUCGGAAGCUCAAUCAGACGAUAUCGGUGAUCGAAGAGCUGCGACGAUUCAUCCAACACACCGGCACCAGCUAUGGUGCAAAGUACAACACUCUCAUCAAUCCAUGUCCCUAUAGCGAGCUCAUCAAUCCGUGGGAAGAUGAGGCUCCGUUCGAUCUGCAAAGCUUCAUUCAGAGCACAAAACUAUCGAACGUUUCGCUAAGCAGACCGUAUUCCCCGUCUGUCGACGCCUUGGCGAAUAGCAACGGAUCUAACAAUAGCGUCGCCAACGGUUUCCUAGAUUUCAGUGCCUUUCCGGCGAACGCAGACUCAGAUCGCCCAAGAAUACGUAUUACCGAUCAAACUAUAGACGAUAACAAUGCUAACCUGCAGCAGCUGUUUACCGAGCUCAGCACACUAAUGGAUGAGAAUUAUUUCAGCUACCGGCAGCAGUUUUAUCUUUCCUCGCUUGAUCAUGCCAGCGCUUACAAAUGCCACUACUAUCCUAGAGACGGUCGGCUUAAAGCAUUGUUCCUGUCGGCCGUACGCAACAAACAUGUGCUAAUUUUGCUAGACGUCGGUAACACGAUCACGUACGACCAGCUCGAAGUGGCCAAAGCGAUCAGCAAGUUCGUGCUAUAUCUGCUCAACGAAAAUGAUCGCAUUUCGGUUGUAGCGAUCGGACAGCGCGUCAUCACUUCGGACGAGUUCUUCGACUGUCGCAAACCGAACCGUUUCGUUCGCGCAACAAUGGACGAGAAGGAUCGAUUGGUAGAUUUUAUUGAUUCGCUUAACCGAACAAAACAAGCGACAGAUCACUCGGCGGGCUUCCAGUAUGCGUUUGAAGCAUUCUCCGACAUUUAUCGGACACACGACGAUGAAGUACCGGUAGUGUUCCUGUAUCUUGGCCGAGCCCUAUUGCCAGUCGGCUCAUCCGCUCCAAAAACCAUCCUCCAAACUAUCCACGAAGGUCAGACACGGUUGCCCUACCCAGUCGUUAUCAACAGUUGCCUAAUAUUGCUUGACGAACGCGAAGUUGCUCACGAGAAGCAACUUAUCGCAGACAUUAGCACACAAAACUACGCCCGAUACAACCUCUCACAGGUCAUAUAUCCCGCCGGAAAGAUGGUAAUGAUAUCGAAACACUCGUUCGAUGCGCAGCGCUUCAUCGUGGCUUUAAUGGAACCGUUUUUAAGCGCCAGUCGCUUCAUUGAGGAACAUUUGCGAAUACACUUGCCGUACUACGAUCCGUCACUGCAGGAUACCGUUGUUACCUUGAGCUAUCCUGCAGGAAUUCAUGGUCUUGUGGGGGUUGAUCUAUAUCUGAGCGAUCUGGCAGAACAUGUUGCGUACUAUCGACAGCAGGACGAUUCAUACGCAUUUCUGAUCGAUCUACAGGGUAACACAAUUAUGCAUCCAUCCUUUCCUCGACCAUUGGCCGCUCGUGGAAGCUUCUACAUCACCAACAUAACGCGACUUGAGCGAGAGCAUUUCGCGCCUGCCUACAAGCGUAUGCUAGCCGAUCCGGAAGGUAAUCUGCGGAUCAAUCACUACGGCACGAACCGCACCACCAUGUACUACUGGAAGCGUGUAUAUUCUUACAUCGUGUGCAUCGUACGAACUCUCGGUGUCGAUUCCGACAACUCGCUAGAUACGGAAGGAUCCCAUGCCUUCCAUGCCCCGGUACAUUAUCUUCAUCCGGUGACGGGAAGUAACGAUGGGCGCAAUAGUGUCGAGUACAAUUUCAUUGCUGCCAGCAGUAGUACGACCAGAAAUCUGCUAACAACGUUGCUUUAUCAUCGUAUCGACAUUUUUCCGCCUCAGCUGCAACGGCCGCCAGUAGAGUUGCUGCAAUCGGGUGGCGACGGAUCGCUUUGUCGAUUAGUGAAACAAUUAGCCAUUGCUGACGCAAGCACACUUUACCUGAGCGCUUCCUCUUUCCAGUCCCCAUUUACACAUAUUCGUAACAACCGAGACGGUACCAGCGAGGAAGUGAACGUACGAACGAUACAAAACAUUAUGGCCUAUCUGAAGGACACGUACGGCAAGCUGCUGUUCGCUAACCCAGGUCUGCAGCCGGAUGUGCGUAGCGAUGUUUUGGCACUGUUACAAAUACUUUACGACUAUCAAGUGCGUCAUACGCAGAGCAAUCUUAGCCGGUACAUCGUAAGACGUUAUGCUGCUUCCGUGAACGGUGUGCUGCAGAUGUUCCCAGGCGGUUUGCUCGAUACUGACCUAGAGCCAACGAAACGGCCGUGGUUCGUAAAGGCGAUGGAAUACCCGGGUCGAUUGGUGUUCACCCAACCCUACCUCGAUGCUGGUGGUGCUGGAUAUGUCGUAAGUGUCGCGUAUGCUAUAUCGGAAGGACGAACGGGUACAACAAGCAGCAACACCGCACAUCAUAAAGCAAUCGCCGUUGUUGCGAUGGACUUUACUCAGACGUUCUUUUACAAGCUACUGCUGGAUUCGGCUGCCGUUUGUAGUAUGGACAGUAUAAAGUGUUUCCUGAUGGAUGAUCGUGGCUACCUGGUAGCACAUCCAAUGCUUGCUGAAGCACCGAUACGAUCAGGAAACACCCGACGUCCGGUUGAACACAUAACACACAAGGAAUCGCAAGUUGCCAACGACAUUCUCAAUCACAAACAGUUGGUGACGAAGAAAAUGUGCUACAACUAUGUCAACCGGACGGUGCAGCGGUUCUAUCAGUUUAACAUGAGUCUGUCCACAGAGGACGUCAUCACCAAUUUGAUGUAUGGGGAGAAAACAAAGUACCAGAUUGCAUUGAUUUCCGGCACGAAUCUAUUCCUUGGCAUUGUUAACUCCACAAACGAUGGAGGAGCAUUUUGUCCAUGUAGUACGGUUGGCAACUCAUGCCUAAACUGCAACCGAAUGGAACAGACUGAGUGUGAAUGUCCGUGUGAGUGUCCCUUAGACUAUGGUGCUUCUGACCUAGAAGGAAGCUGUAUGGCUCAGCCUAAGCGGACGAAAUCGGCUGGUAGUUUCCCGGUACCACUUUGCUCACCGUUGCCCGAAGAAUUGAUAUCGAUGAGUGCCAUCAACUACGAAGCGGAUUAUGAGUUGAAGAGCUGUACAAAUAUUAAUUGCGAGGAUUACACGACACAGAACGAGUGCAUGGGAUUGGUGGGCUGUGAAUGGUGUCAGGUUGAUGUAGAUGGUGAAAAUCGACUCAAUACCCCGUUUUGUACGGCACAGCUAGCAUGUUUUAAUGGUGUUUUUGGAGCUCCUACACCGUACGGUGACGCAGCGUACACCGGUAACAACAUGGAGUCAAUUUUGCCACCCGCCUACAGCUCAAUCGGUCCCGUUGCUGGUGCUAUUCUUGCCCUUUGCCUCGUGGUUGGUUUUGCGAUGUAUUGCUUCCGGCAAAAUGCUGACCAAAGUGGAGCUUCCGAGCAUUUGUAUGAUGAUUUAGUAGCAGAUCACUGCCAUGGUUUGCCGUUAUCACGUUUCGAUCUGGACGAUGGCAGCCCGUCCGAUGAUUGUGACAUUAGCCGUACAAAUGCGAAGCAAAAUCUGUUGUUAAACGGGCAACAUAAUGCAAAUUAUAUGAUUAUUCCAAAUGUAGCCUCACCGUACCAGAUGUCCUCAGACUAUCGGCGCCCGAACGGUGGUGGUGGUGGAGGUUCAUCCGAUCAUGGCUACUCUACCAUGACGCAUCAUGAGGAAUCGGAGCAUCUGUGUUUGUCUAAUGUGGAUCCGCAAGGAAUUCCGUCCGGAAGUGGUGGGCAUGGCACGGGUGUUGGUAACAAGCGACUGUCAAUGUCGGACAGCGCAUCCAUCAGCACAUCCGUUUCGAGCCCAUACAGCAAUCACACGGGCGGUCCUGGAAGCUCCUUUCUGUCGAAGCCUCCAAUGCUUAACGAGUCGAAAAUGAUCGGAACGACGUUCGAUCGGUUUGCGGACCCGGCCAUGCAAACAUUGCUUCCCUCGCCCACAUCCAUUUCUAGAACGGGUGUAUUGGGGACAACGGUGUUGCCGCCGGGAUCACCCGUCUCGACCACAACCAGCGGUCAUCACAUCCUCGUCCCGGUAACCGUCCAUCGAAACAUGGAAGUGUCCUGAAAGGAAGGUGUAGCUCAAAUAGAACGAAGGUACCUUUUGUAACCUUCGACUUAACCGCAACCGGGUAACCGGGUAAAGAUUUCCACAUCCAUCCAUGCGACGGAUGAUGAUCCACAUGUAUAGUUUGUCGGCAUUCCUCUCACAAGGUUUUUAGAUGAUAUCAUUUUGCUUUAGAAAACUUCUCGAUAACAUAUGUAACCACCAGGGAUAGUUUUUUCAAAGUUUCGUCAAUAUUACAGUGCAGAAGAUUAGGUUUUGCUUUUUUGUUUUGCGAAACAUUAUCAAUCCUCAUCAUAUCAUUGCUUUAGGAAAUGAUUACAUCCUGUAAAACGUGCAUCGAAACUAACUCUUAACAACAUUUUAAAUCGAGACUGAGAUUACUUUUGAAUGGAAGUUCCGUGAGGUGGAAUUGUGCCGAAUUAUAAUAGCUGCCAACAAAAAGUUGAACUCUACAUAGCGGGAGCGAUUUUUGCUCCCCAGCGAAGAGAGACGCUUGCCUUUAUACUAUAUUUUUUAUUAUUGUUUAAGCUAGGCUUAAGGAAAUAGAACAAAUGAAGGGUAACAGGUGUGUCAAACGAAUAUCAAACUAGAAACUAGCACCAGUUAUGAUCAGGACAAACCGUGCACCCGUAAAGCAUUUAUUGCUUACCACACUGACUGUUGUAUUAGAUUGGCAUGAAAAUAAGGCGAUACCCAAAUACGGUUAAAUAUCUAUUGUGAACGAGUGUGUAAGAAAUUUGUUUAACACAACUGUAGGCUGCUAAUUGUGUACCGAUCCGCAUUACAUAUCCCAAGUUAUACCAGUGUUCUUGUCGAAUGGAACUAACUUAACUUCUUCGAGCAAACUAACUGGACAAUAUUAGCAUUGAUCGUUUCAUUAACUUUACCUACAAUAAGCGAAUAGUAAGGGAUCGUCGAAAGCGAUGUUUGCAAACUGUACCCAUGUGCUUCCGUUUUUUGAUGUGCAGCUUUGUAGCGUUAAUUAAUUUGCAUUGUACAAAUGUGAUCGUGUUUUCUGAUUCGGUUUUUAUACGUAUCCUGCGGGGAACGCGACCACAUAUACCUCUAGGAAAUCAGAUAGUCUGCUGGUGCGGAAGAGAUUUGGUAAAAUAUAUGUAACUUUUUUUUAUUUAAUGGCUGAUGUUGAGUCGUAGGCGAAAAAAUGGAAAACUUUACGCGACAUCCUCAAUAAACCUAUUUAACAGAUUUCAUUAAA